AUGGCCUUUCACUCCUGUGGCUACAUAUUUUCUUUCUCCAUUUUGUUUUGCAUGUUUGUCAUGGCCUCUUCUCAGUUAACUUCAAAUUGCUAUGAAUCAACAUGCCCUCAAGCUCUCUCUAUCAUCAGAUCCACAGUGAUCAGUGCAGUUGCCAAAGAGCAUCGCAUGGGCGCGUCCUUGCUUCGUCUUCAUUUCCAUGAUUGUUUCGUCAAUGGAUGUGAUGCAUCUGUUCUGUUGGAUGACACUUCGACCUUCACUGGAGAGAAGUCAGCUGGUGCAAAUGUGAAUUCUCUUAGAGGUUUUGAAGUAAUUGAUGACAUUAAAACUAAAGUGGAGGCUGCUUGUCCCGGAGUUGUUUCUUGUGCAGAUAUUCUAGCUAUUGCUGCCCGUGAUUCCGUUGUUACAUUGGGAGGUCCAUCAUGGAAUGUUGGGUUAGGCAGACAAGAUUCAACCACGGCAAGUAAAGAUGCUGCCACUAGGGAUAUCCCAUCCCCACUAAUGGAUCUUAGUGCCCUUAUAUCUGCUUUUGACAAUAAAGGGUUUAACACCAAGGAGAUGGUAGCCCUUGCAGGAGCUCAUACAACGGGGCUAGCCAGGUGUCAACUAUUCAGAGGUCGGAUUUACAAUGAAAGUAGCAGCAUUGAGUCAAACUUUGCAACAUCACUCAAGUCAAACUGUCCAAGCACUGGUGGAGACACCAACCUUUCCCCACUUGAUGUCACCACAAGUGUGAUAUUUGACAAUGCUUAUUUCAAGAAUCUGAUCAACAAAAAGGGACUUCUACAUUCGGAUCAGCAGUUAUUCAGUGGUGGCUCUACAGAUUCUCAGGUCACUGACUAUAGCAACAACCCUACAGCUUUCUAUGUAGACUUUGCUAGUGCCAUGGUGAAAAUGGGAAACCUUAGCCCUUUGACAGGGAAAAGUGGCCAGAUUCGUACUAAUUGCCGUAAAGUUAAUUAA